AUGGCCUACAACUGCUGCUCUGGAAACUUCUCCUCCCGCUCCCUUAGGAGCUGCCUGCCCUCCUCAGGUUCCUGCAAUGGUUCUUCUUACCCCAGCAACCUGGUCUACACCACUACCAGCUACUCUCCCAGCACCUGCCAGCUCAGCUCCUCUGUGCGCAGUGGCUGCCAGGAGACCUGCAUUGAGCCCAUCCGCUGCCAGGAGACCUGCAUUGAGCCCAUCCGCUGCCAGGAGACCUGCACUGAGCCCAUCCGCUGCUCUCCCAGCACCUGUCAGCUCAGCUCCUCUCUGAACACUGGCUGCCAGGAGACCUGCAUUGAGCCCAUCCGCUGCCAGAGGUCCUGUGUGGUGCCCAGCCCCUGCCAGAAGCCCUGCUACUACCCCAGGAGCUCCACACCCUGCAGUCCCUGCCAGGGCACAUAUGCUGGCUCUCUGGGCUUUGGGUCCAGAAGCUGCAGUUCCCUGGCCUAUGGAUCUAGAAGCUGCUACCCAGUGGGCUGUGGAAACAGUGGCUUUAGAUCCCUGGAUUGUGGAGUCUAUGGCUUCCCUUCCCUGAGUUAUGGGUCCACAUUCUACUACCCAACCUACAUGGCUUCUAGUUCCUGCCAACCAUGCUACAGACCAAUCUGUGGAUCAGGCAUCUAUGGGAUCAACUGUUAA